GUCUUCCCUCUAAACUCGUUCAACCGAGAAAGAAAAGAAAUAUACUCUGCGAUUGCUCUUUUGUGUGACAUUUUCAGUUUUGUGUUGCUUUGAAUAUCAGUGAAGAUGUCUUGCUGCGGAGGAAACUGUGGCUGCGGCGCUGGCUGCAAGUGCGGCACUGGCUGUGGAGGGUGCAAGAUGUACCCUGACAUGGGCUACACAGAGACCACCACCUCCGAGACCCUCAUCAUGGGUGUUGCAACUGACAAGGCACACUUUGAGGGAUCUGAGAUGGGCGUGGCAGCAGAGAAUGGCUGCAAGUGCGGAGACAACUGCCAAUGCGACCCGUGCACUUGUAAAUGAAAAGAACUCAGCCUCUCAAAGCAGAGAUAAUUACCCUUUUGUCCUUGAUGAACAAGGGGAAGAACAAGAAUAAUAAUAGCUUUAUUGUGGUAGUCUUUUAAUGUGCCUUUUCGUGUUGUUUUUAGAGUCUUUUUAUGUUGGAAUAAAGUAGUCAUGGCUUUUCCUUUUGUGUCUCGGUCUUAGAAGCCUAGGCCUUGCCAAAGGGUCACUUAUAUUAUAUGUUACAAAGUCAUGGCUACUUGGCCUACUAUGUUUGUUUGUCUUGCUUUGUGUACCAAAAAAAAAAAAAAAAGUUUUAGAAUCUAAUUUUAAUAGUAUGUUUGAGAGCCUUACUGUUUUGGAUGAGGACGAAAUAUAUAUGUGGUAAUCGUUUUGAGUUUUAUUUGGUGAA